GUUGGUAAUCCAAUCUUCAUCUUCCUCGAUUUUGACCGCUUCACACGUUGCAUUGGACAUGCCCACCACUUUCAAAAUACGAUGAAUAAACAAUUUUAGGGUUUUGAGCCUACUCGCCAGCUCAGGUUUCAAAUUCUAGGGUUUUGAACAAUUUAUGGGGUUUUUUUCUCUUCUAAUUUCUUUCUCUGGUUUCUGCAUUUUCUGGACAUAUGGUGGAGUUUUAACGAUUUAGGGUUUUUGUUUUCACGGUUUGAUUCUCUUUACCAAUUUUGUGUAGGUUUCUUGGAGAGCUUUGGGUUAUAGUGCCGCAAUUUUGAAUUCUGUGUUUUUUCUCUUUUUAGUGUAGAUCUCUCUCCCUCUUUGGUUGCAGAGUGGAUUUGAAUCUUAUGUAUUUAUUCCUGCUCUGGAAAUUUUGUUUGUAAAAUUCAAGUUCUCUUUCCUUUUUUUUUGUUUUUGGUUUUUCCCCUUCAAAAUCACUUCCAGUGAUUUAGACGCAUUGGUUUCAUGGCUAUUUUCUUAAACAAAUCGCGCGUAUUCACCACCAUGGUGUAACUGUCGUGCGAGCAUUUCAGCUAGUUUUACUGCAUGAACAAAACUACACAUCGAAGAUACCACGGAAGGAGCAAGACAUUUGGCGAACUAUAUUGCGUUUGGGGUUUAAUCUAGAGGUUUUUCAGAUUUGUUUCAGAGGUUUUGAGUUGAGCUUGCGAGACAUGAGGUGCUUUUACUUCUCUAAUGGUGAGAAAAAAGAAGAACCCAAGACCGCGAAAUCUUUGAGGGCUCGUUCUUUCAGUGCGAGUUCAAAUGAUCGAGAAGUUAGGCGUUCGGGUUCGGAAUUCAAUUCUCAAAAUGUAUUUGACACGAGUGUUGAUUCAUUAGGGAGGAGAACGUUUUCGAGCUCUUCCUCUCACAGGUCGAACAAUUUGAGGGUUUUCACUUUCUCAGAAUUGAGGACUGCGACAAGGAAUUUCAGUCGGUCGGCCAUGAUCGGUGAAGGUGGGUUUGGGUGCGUAUAUAGGGGAUCAAUCAGGAACCCUCAGGAGCCCAGUUCAAAGAUUGAGAUAGCUGUGAAGCAAUUGAGCAAGAAAGGUUUACAGGGCCAUAAAGAAUGGGUAACAGAGGUGAAUGUUCUUGGUGUGGUCGAGCAUCCCAAUCUUGUAAAAUUAGUUGGCUAUUGUGCCGAAGAUGAUGAAAGGGGAAUCCAAAGGUUAUUAGUUUAUGAAUUUAUGCCCAAUGGAAGUGUGGAGGAUCAUCUAUCAACUCGAUCAUCUGUGCCUCUUUCAUGGGCCAUGAGGCUGCGGAUUGCCCUUGAUGCAGCUCGGGGUCUUACCUAUCUCCAUGAAGAAAUGGAUUUUCAGAUUAUUUUCAGAGAUUUUAAGCCCUCAAACAUACUUUUGGACAAGAAUUUCAAUGCCAAGCUCUCCGAUUUUGGGUUGGCUAGACAGGGUCCAUCCGAAGGUGUUACUCAUGUUUCAACAGCGGUCGUGGGGACAGUGGGGUAUGCAGCCCCAGAGUACAUUCAGACUGGUCGACUUACUGCUAAGAGCGACGUGUGGAGCUAUGGGGUCGUCCUCUACGAGCUAAUAACGGGCAGGCGCCCCUUGGACCGUAACAGGCCCAAGAGUGAGCAAAAGCUCCUUGAGUGGGUCAAGCCCUACAUGUCAGAUAUUCGCAAGUUUCGCAUGAUACUGGACCCACGUCUCAGUGCUGAGGUCCCCGUCAGGUCUGCCUAUAGGCUUGCUGUUGUGGCCUCCAAGUGCUUAGUUAAGAACGUGAGGUCUAGGCCUAAGAUGAGUGAGGUGGGUGAGAUGGUAAGGCAAAUCAUUGAGAGUUCAGAGAUGGUUGGGAGUCCUCAAUUGCCUGUGAGAGCAGCGCUUGUUGCUUUGCCCAGUAAGAAGAAACGUGUGGCGGGUUCAAAGAGGGGGGAGGUUCCGGAGAAUGACGAGGGUGCAAGGUUGGGGUGGCGGGCUUGGACACCGAAGAUGAUAGCGGCUUGGUGAUGGCCGCCUUGAUUCGGGUGUCAGAUCGAAUGGAAUGGUUAUAAGAAGAGGUUCUUGGGUAGAAUAAUGCCAGAGAAGUGUUGGGGUGUUGGUUGUUUGAAGAGCUCUCACGCGCUCUUUGCGUGAUCUCUCUUUGUGAUGUAUGUAAUCAAGGUUGUGAGGUACAUAUUGUGGAAAAUUUAGUAGCCUACUUUAUAAAGGAUGGUACAUUGACGAGA